UAAGGGGAUUUAACAAAGUGCUUGAAUAACGAUGUGGACGCAAGAUUGUUAAGGGGAAAGUACUCAUUAGUUUCAGAUGUAUAAUGCAGUCUGCGGUCGAAAGCACAACACACAACACUAAGGUUCCGUGUGCGGAUGGCCACAGCAGCAACGCAAGUCAGGAAGGAAUCUGGCCGAUAUGCGGUGCAAAUGCCACGUGCUGAUAGGGUAGUCACUGCAAACAGCUUCAGCUCCUGAGUUUCACCCUAAUAAAAUGAGUACGUUAGACUGGGAGAAGAGUGUGUGAAUUGAUCUCUACUCACACUUACAGGGGCAUGAAAAUAACUUCGCAGUGGAACACCCCUUGCCAAAAUGUGGGUGGGGUUACAAGUUUCUGUGUAUAAAGGAGGAUUCCAACAGAUGGAAGCACAGUGUAGGAGCGUCCGACACCACAGUCUUCGUGCAAAUUCAACUUUUUUGGCUACUUGUCAACAUAUUCUCUUGCGGCAUCUCCACAAUGCCAUCAAAUUUUCUUACGCCUUUUACUGAGUUGGAUGACGAAUUUUGCCAGAACUUUCGCAGUUUGGAGAUGAUAGAUUGCGCGUCCCCCGCCAUGCAGAAGCAGCGCGUGGUUGGAUUCCAGCGCAGACAUUCCUUAUGCCCGGUCACGCUGCCUAACUCAAAGUUUAAUAGUAGCAGUACAGACUCCGCGGGGGACAAUGGUGUAUGGCCUCUAACCAUCCUAAAUCAGCAGUGGACCCACGAACAUCAACAACUGCCUCGCUCCUCUCUUAACCAUAUUCCAUUCAGAGUAGACCGCUCUGUGAGUAUGAUUGAAGGACACGUGAGCAGUCUAGGUGAGCCGACCGCGCAGCCACUGCCUCCGCCGCCCGGCUUGAAUAUCAGCAGCAGUUCCCUUUCAACUGCGAAGGCCUUCACCGCCAACCCGCCAGUCUCCACCCGCUAUAAGACUGAGCUGUGCCGUACGUAUGAAGAGAGUGCACCUGCAAAUAUGGGCGAUAGUGCCAGUUCGCCGCAUGGCAUGGAGGAGUUGCGAGGCCUUAAUCGGCACCCAAAGUAAACGGAGCCCUGCCGUACAUUCCACACCAUUGGGUUCUGUCCGUACGGAGCGCGUUGUCAUUUCAUCCACAAUGCCGACGAGCAACACAGUCAUCCGGAGAGCACGCAGCGGCAAAAGCCGAGAGAGCGUCCUCAACUUCUGCGCCAGAGUGUGAGCUUCGCCGGCUUCUCCUCACAAGCGCUGACAGGUUUUCAAGCCCUGACGGAGCCUCUCGCAUUUAGCAGAGCAGCUUCAGUGUCUCCACCGCCGUCUACGGGUAGCCCCGACCUGCUGUCACCGUUAUUUUCCGAUCCUGGAAAUCUGAAGUACAGCUACCGGUUCUCUGCGGAUCUAGGUAGCGAUACACCGCGCUUCUAUGCUGCCGGCGACCCGAAGGCUCAUGUCGACUGUGCGCAGAACCUUGUCACGCAGAACGCUCACCGCAGCUCUUUCACUUUCACUGGGCUAGCGGCCUUGCAGCGCACGGCGUCCGCCGACUCUCUGUCUGACCAGGAAGGCUACUCCAGCUCCAGCAGCCUCAGCGGCUGCGACUCCCCCGGCAUCGAGGGCAGGCGUCUGCCCAUUUUUAGCCGUCUGUCUGUUUCAGACGAUUAGAAUACGAUGUAUCUGUGCAUAUUGCAUUCAUGGCCAAGCAGUUUUCUGUCUGCUUCGAUUAGUAAAGUUGUGGACAAACUCUUUAUGUGACACAUGAAAAAAACAAACAAACAAAAACUUUGCAAUGUAUACUGUUGUAUACCAGUUUGAAGCUGUACUAUGUAUUUUACUUUAGAAUCACAAGUUGGGUCUCCUAGAUGCAAGUUCUGUUAACCUGUACAAGUUUCAGGUUUGUUUGAAAGUUGCGUGUAUACAUCUAAACAGUAGUACAGAUGAGUCUGUCAGCCACUCAUGUACCGUAAUGUGGCCCACUCCAUGCACCCAUCUGUAGUCUAACCAAAGCUCAGCAACUUAGUAUGUUAGCCGUUGGUAACCCUCGAGCCCUGUGCCCAACCAUACUGUAAACAAAAUGUAGCCUUUAGUGAAGGCAUUUAUUAAUUGACAACAGUACUAAGUAGCUUAACCCUAGUUCUUUUUAAGAAACUAUUUAUUGCCAUUUGUUUUGGAAUUAAGCAAUUGCAUUUUGUUGUAUUUUAUGCAGAUUAUGUAGAUUAUGCUUUACUGUGGUCACUGUGUUUGCUUUAUUUGAGCUCUCUCAGCUUACAGACCAACAGUACAGACUCUGAAUGUAGGAAUCUCAGGUUGUGUCCAGCAAAACUCAACCACUUUCUGUCACUCUCUUUGAGAUCAGUAUUUGGGCUCAAUCAGUGCAAACAAAUUGUGUGUGUGCAUGUGCACAUACAUGUUAAGUGGCAGUGUGACAAUGUACUAGAAACAAGUGCUACACCAUCUUAGUCUCUUGCACUCUCAAUCUCCUGAAGAGACAGAAGAUGCUAUUUGCAAUGUAUAUGUCUAUGAAAAUGUGUAUUCUUUGACUCAGAAAGUGAACGCUUACUCUAUAGUAGUUUCUUUACAAAAAGUACUGUGAGGUUCUCUUUUAGUUGCUUUUGGCUUUUUGUUAACUUAACUUAUUUAUUUCGUUUUUUUCAAAGCAAGAAAAAACAUAAUGUGCUAUGAUGUAUUUUGUUGUUUUAUAUAAUUUAAAUGGACUGUUUACAUUCCUUGGGGUCAUUAUCCUGACUUUUAUCAUAAUAUAUUGUUGAUUUGGUUUGAAAUAAAUCAGAAAAAUAAAAA